AUGAGCAUGGAGGCCCUGGCGUGCGUCCAGAACGCCCUGCUGCUCGAGCGGCAGGGGAGGCUGCGGGAGGCGGAGGAGUGGCUCACGCUGGCGAUUCACCGCCUCCGCGGGGCGCUGCAGGAGAAGUCGCUGGGCAACACGCAGCAGCAGGUGCUCACGGACCACCUGCAGGACGCUGCGCUCCACCUCCAGCGGCUUCGUGGCGUGGCGAGGGCCGAGGAGGAGCGGCGGCGGGGGCUGCGUGCGCAGGAGCGGCCGCAGGACUCGGGACGGCAAACGCCGCCGCCAGGGCCGCAUGAGGGGCCCAAGGCGGACCCCGCCGCUCAUUCACCGCCCGCUCCUGCGCACGCGGCGACGCCAGUACCGCUGCAGCCACAAAAGCCGCAGCCGCAGCCGCAGCCGCGGCGACCGGACUACCCGUUGGCGGCGUUUUCCGCCGCACGUGUCUCCGACACCGUGAAGAAGGCCAUAGACAUCUCCGCCAUUCUGCUGCAGCAGCAAAAGUACAAGCAGUCGCUGGACGUGCUGCAGCAUGCAUAUGAUAUGGGGAGCAGGGAGCGCAACAAGCCCGGCAACUUUUACCGGAUUGAGGAACACCUUGUUCUUUUGCGGCGCAAGUACUACGAACACUUCAAGCCGCGAUUCCUGCAGGACAACCCGGUGCUUCCGGCGGAGAUGGAGGUGCUGCGGCGCUCGGGAUUCACUGAGACGAUUCGGCUGCCGAUGUGGGAUGAUGUGCAGGAGGGGUACGCCAGAGAAAAUGUCUUUAUGCCGUGCGAGGGCCACUGGGAGGACCCCUUCACGCCACGUCUCGCGGCGUCGCAGCGGGCGGAAGGGGCGCAGUAUCUUCGCAUUGGCGAAAUCAAGCCGAACGUGGAGCUUUGCAUCAUUAGCCGCGCCGACCCACUGAGCGUGAAGCAGACCGUGGUGGGGGACUGCUCGAUGGUGUGCAGCCUCAUUAUCUGCGCCGCGUACCAGCAGCGGUUCCCCAAGGGGAAGAUCAUCAGCAACGUGAUUUACCCGCAGGACAACAACGGCGACCCCGUGAUCAACCCCAAAGGGAAGUACUGUGUGAAGAUGCUCAUCAACGGCAUAACCCGUCUUAUUACCGUUGACGACCGCUUUCCCGCGUCCCCCCACACCGGGCGGCUGCUCUGCACCUAUAGCAACGACGAGACGGAGCUGUGGGUGUCGGUCAUGGAGAAGGCGUUUGUGAAGCUCUGCGGCGGCAGCUACGAGUUCCCGGGGAGCAGCAGCAGCAGCGACCUCUACAAGCUCUCUGGGUGGCUCCCGGACCGUGUUUCACUGGAAUCCAAGGACCUCGACCCCGAGCUUCAGUGGACGCGGCUCUCCAGGCGACACGGCGACGGCUCGCUUCUCAUGACGGCGAGUACCGCGGCGCUGCCGGAGGCGGAGGAGCGGCGUUUGAGACUUGUCUCCUCCCACGCCUACGCCGUGCUGGCGCUGCGGGAGGUUGGCGGGGAGCGUCUCCUACAGCUCAAAAACCCAUGGGGGCGCGAGUCCUGGGCGGGGGCGUACUCGCUCAGCGACAAGCGGGCGGCGGCGAGGGCGCUCUUAGCGCAGCUGCAGUACACGAAGGCGCUGGCGGAGCAAGGCGUGUUUUGGAUAACGUGGGGCGACCUCUGCGCCCACUUUUCGCGCUGCUGCCUCAGCUGGAACCCCUACAUGCUCUACAAGACUCCAGAGGGGAUGUCGCGGCGGCCAACGCGGCUCUCCUGUCACAGGCGCUUUCCGUAUACCACGAGCACGGGCCAGACGCCGCAGUUCCACGUUGGCGUGAUUAACGCGCCACGGCCGUCCCGCAUGCACCUCGUCUUUGCGCGUCACGUCAAGAACGUGGAGGAGUUUGGGUUGCAAUUUGUGAAGGAUGACCCAAGAGUGCCGUAUGUGGCAGUGAAGGUCUACGACGUGACGCCGUAUCCCUCCAUCGCACAGCAUCUGGGCGCCGUCUGCAGCUUCGAGAAGUGCUACUGUCGUCGCCUUGCGCAUGGAACGGAGUUGGAGGCGGGGUUUGCGCCGCUGCACGACGUUUCCUACAAGAACAUGUCGGAGCACACGCUGAGUUUUGAUUGUCCCGCAGGAACGAGCAACCUGCUCGUCGUGGUGAGCCGGACGGAGUCGACGGCGAGGGAGGAAUUUGGUUUCUCGCUCACGCUCCACACGGAGUGGCCGCAGGCGAAGCUGAAUGAGGCGGCCCCGUCUGGCCCCGGCGUCUACAUGCACUUCGUUCCGCAGAGUAGCCUGCAACACUGCACCGUCCAACAGGGGCGAUGGGAGAAGGGGGUGAGUUGUGGCGGCAGAACCGGACUGCAGACGUUUGCCUACAACCCACAGUACCUUUUAACGCUUUCCACCCCGUCCAUGCUCUCCGUGCGGCUGCACGUUCCGGACUGCGACGCCUCGGCGCAGUUGCACGUUCUGCGGAGGGAACAAAAUCCGGCGCACGAGCCGGUGAAGUGGUCGCCGAGGGUCGGCGCCGUCAACGAGGAGUGUAGUCUCGUCCUGCAUGCCCCGCUCUACGCCCACGGCGGUGUGGUGGUGGACACAAGCCUCUGGAGGUGCGUCUCCUUCGACCGCGGUCGGCUACUUGGCGAGAGACCGAAGGAGAAGAAGGAGGGGGCCGUGGCGGCGCCGCCUUCGCCUUUGCCCGCGGGAGACUACACCGUCGUGCCGGCGCUAUGGGACAAGGGCGUGUCUGCGGCGUUUGAGCUCGUCGUGGAAACGACUGGGCCGCAUGCGUUGCGCGAGAUUGUGCCGGAGGGUGUCGGUUUUGUGGAGACGAAGCUGCAGGGGCAGCUGACGGGCGGCGUCGCGGCGGAGGUGGCCACGGUGCUGCCGCGGGCCGAUGCGUACUUCUCCAGCAACGGCAAGGUGGGCCUCCUGGCGAGCGUCCCGUGCGUGCUGACGGGGCGGCUGCUGCUGCUGCUCGCCGAUGACGCGAGUAACGACGUCUACGCCGGCCUGGCGCUCUUCCGCCCGAGGGAUGCCGCCACUAUGGAGCGCGUCGAGUCGUCCGGUCUGUACGCCCUCUACGGAGUGGCGUUGCCGCCCGUCAAGCUCGCGGCGAACGUGACGUACGUCCUGGUGGUUUCCUCCGCCGAGCCCUCCCACGCAAAGUACGCUCUGCGACUGUACUCCAGCGCACCCAUCAAGGCUUGGCAGCAGUGA